GAGGACCUGGAGAGUGUGGGCCUUUGGGAUCGUGGUAUCGUUGAGAAGUCGUAUGUGAUGUUGCCCCCAGGCGAUGCCCUUGCUAACAUUGCUGACUUUGGCGGGCGCCGAGAGUACUACUUGCCACGAGCUGAUCUGCAUCCCCGCGACUUCCCGGAAUUGCUGCCUAUGCUUCACGACUCACCGUGCAUGGCAUGCUCGACGACUUGCGGAAGCUGAGCGUGGAAGCCAAGGAUCUCGCUAAUGAGCGUCUUCUGCGCUGCUAUCGGGAGCUGUUCGAGCCCAUCUUCUUUCAGGACCUCCCCCUGUUCUAUGCUCUGUAUCCGGACAACCCUGUCUACAGAACUCCGUGGUUUGAUAAAUGGAUGCAAGAGGGAAGCCUGCGGCGCUGGUUCGCCAUUCAGCAAACAUACUGCAGACAUAUGGAUGCCGUUGUCGAGGGCAAGCAGCGAGAGACAACUGCCUUUGAAUCCGUAGCUGUGCACGUCAGGUCGCAGCGAGAUCUGGCAAUGCAGUACAUGAAGGCGAGAGGAGUGCUGCCGCCCUCCAUAAAUCACACAACACCGCAAACCAUGCAGCAGGCUAUCGAGAUGGCAGCCCGCUUGCGUGAGCAGCUUGGUCAGCAAUCCAUUGACGCCGUUGCAUGUGACGUCCGAUUGCCUACCUUGGCCAACGCUGGUUUGGUCCCUGAUGUGGAGGGCGGGGCGAUGCAAGCACAGCUUGGCAGCGGCGGUGGCAUCACUGGGCAUGCCGCCGCCAUCCCUUCCCCUCACGAGCUACAGUUCAGCAGGGGCGGGGGCCCGCAGCCAGCCCAGCAGCAGCUUGGCAGGGGCGGCAACGGCGUCGACGGCUAUGGCGCUGCUGUGCUACAGGUCAGCAGGGUCGGGGAGGGGCAGCCAGCUCAGCAGCAGCUUGGCAGCGGCAGCAACGGCCUCGACGGCUAUGGCGCCGCCGUGCUACAGGUCAGCAGGGUCGGGGUCCUGCAGCCAGCCCAGCAGUAG